UAAUACAGAAUCUCAAGAUGGCGUCGAGUGGAGGAGAUGGAGAACCUGAGUGGACCGCAGCUGUACGGCCGCUUUUAUCAGCGUCGUACACGGCUUUUGAAACGAAAGAGCUACCUCAGCUUAUAGGAUCCAUCAUUAACAGUGAAUCGGAGAUUCUACACCAUGACAAACAGUAUGAGCCCUUCUACUCAUCAUUCGUGGCCCUCUCUGCACAUUACAUCACCACCGUGUGUGGACAAAUCCCUAGAAAUCAGUUGCUGUCGGUAGCGGCGGCCUGUAAAGUAUUGAUCGAGUUUUCUCUGCUGCGGCUGGAGAACCCAGAUGAAGCAUGUGCCGUUUCACAGAAGCACCUGAUUUUGUUAAUAAAGGGCCUGUGUACAGGCUGCAGUCGACUGGACCGGACAGAGAUCAUCACCUUCACCGCAAUGAUGAAGUCUGCCAAACUCCCUCAGACAGUCAAGACACUCUCAGACGUGGAGGACCAGAAGGAGAUCCCCUCCCCAGUGAACCCAGAGCUUCGACACAAAGAAGUGCAAAUGAACUUUUUCAAUCAGCUGACCUCAGUCUUCAACCCGGACAUUACCAUCCUGGCCUCACCCACCCCACACAUGCAGGCUGAGAGUGAGUGUGAUGAGCAAACCACGACAGACCAGGCAACUCAGGCCAAAAUGAAGAAUGCCUUUAUCUCUCAAAACGUGUCCAGUUUACAAGAGCUAGGCGGUUCGGAGAAAUUGCUGCGCGUGUGCCUGAACCUGCCCUACUUCCUGCGCUACAUCAACCGUUUCCAGGACGCCGUGUCGGCCAACUCCUUCUUCAUCAUGCCCGCCACCGUGGCCGACGCCACCGCCGUGCGCAACGGCUUCCACUCCCUGGUAAUUGACGUGACCAUGGCCCUUGACACCCUGUCGCUGCCCGUGCUGGAGCCCCUGACUCCCGCCAGGCUACUUGACGUCACCGUGCUGGCCCUUAGCUGCCUCUAUGCCGGUGUGAGCGUGGCCACCUGUAUGGCCAUCCUGCAGGUGGGCAGCGGGCUCCAGCUGCGCUCCACAGGGGCCACCGGCUCCAAGGAGGAGGACUACGAGAACGACGCAGCCACCAUCGUACAGAAAUGCCUGGAGAUCUAUGAGAUGAUUGGACAGGCCAUCAGCAACUCACGCAGAGCAGGAGGAGAGCACUACCAGAACUUCCAGCUGCUGGGGGCCUGGUGUCUGCUGAACAGCCUGUACCUCAUCCUGAACCUGAGCCCCACGGCGCUGGCCGACAAGGGCAAGGAGAAGGACCCCCUGGCCGCCCUGCGCGUCAGAGACAUCGCCGCACGCACCAAAGACGGAGCGGGCUCACCCAAGCUGGGCCCCGGAAAGGGGCACCAAGGGUUUGGAGUCCUCUCUGUCAUUUUGGCCAACCAUUCCAUCAAGCUGCUCACCUCACUCUUUCAGGACCUGCAAGUGGAAGCGCUACACAGGCAGGGAUGGGCGAGUGAUGGUCCCCCGGCGGAGCUGAGCAUCAUGGCGCAGAGCACAUCCAUCCAGAGGGUGCAGCGGCUCAUCGACUCAGUGCCCCUCACCAACCUGCUCUUCACGCUGCUCUCCACCUCCUAUAAGAAGGCGUGUGUGCUGCAGAGGCAGAGGAAGGGCUCUGUGAGUAGUGAUGCCAGCGCCUCCACAGACUCCAACACCUACUACGAAGACGACUUCAGCAGCACGGAGGAGGAGAGCAGCCAGGCAGAGAGAAGACAGGAGAGGACAAGAGCAGCUUGUAUUUCAGAUGAUGACAGUGAGCCCAUUUUGGGGCUGUGGUUCGAGGAGACCAUCUCCCCAAGUAAGGAGACGGUGGCGCCCCCGCCACCCCCUCCUCCCCCGCCGCUGGAGACCUCUCCCCGCCUUAAGAGUCCCAGCAAGCAGACGCCAGAGAACGGCAACAUCCUGGCCAGCCGCAAAGACCCCGAGCUGUUCCUGAGUCUUGCCUCGAGCAUCCUGAACUUCAUCACCACCUCCAUGCUGAAGUCGCGUAACAACUUCAUCCGUAACUACCUGAGCGUGUCGCUGACCGAGUCCCACAUGGCCACGCUGGCCAGCAUCAUCAAGGACGUGGACAAGGACGUCAAAGGCUCCUCUGAUGAAGAGUUUGCGUCGGCCCUGUACCACUUCAACCACUCGCUCGUCACGUCGGACCUGCCAUCGCCAGCGCUGCAGAACACACUGCUGCAGCAGCUGGGCGUGGCUCCGUUCUCUGAGGGGGCGUGGCCCAUGUACAUCCACCCGCAGUCGCUGUCUGUGCUGUCGCGCCUGCUGCUCAUCUGGCAACACAAGGCCAGUCAGCAGGGGGAGCCGGACGUGCCCGAGUGCAUGAAGGUCUGGGAGAGGUUCGUGGGCACCCUGAAGCAGAACACUCUGCAGGGCUCAGUGCCCCCUGGUGCCCCGGAGGAGGACCUGAACGUGGAGCACCUGCAGCUGCUGCUGCUCAUCUUCCACAACCUGUCGGACACGGGCCGCCGCGCCGUGCUCAUCAUGUGCUGCCAGGCCGUGGCCGAGGUGGCCGCCCACGCCGACACCCAGUUGCAGGCCGUGCCCCUCAACCUGGCACGCAUCCUGCUGGUGCUCCACUACCUGCUGCACCAGUACUCCAAGGCACCCAUGUACCUCUUCGAACAGGUCCAGUACAACCUGCUGACCCCCCCUGCGUCCGGCGGCAGCUCUGGGCUGGAGGGAGGCAAGCGUGGAAACGCCCCGCUCUACUACGGCUUCAAGGAGGUGGAGGAGAACUGGGCCAAGCACUGCUCGGCAGGUAGGAAUUCUACGGUUCAGCCCAAGUUCUACUGCGUGCUGUCUCCCGAGGCUUCAGAGGAUGACCGCAGCCGUCUAGACAACAAGAUAUUCUACGUGCUGUUUAACAUUUCUGUGAAAUACGACAACCUGUACUCCUCCCUGGUCUCCCUGCUCUCCGCUGGCUCACGGUUCGACAUGGCCAGGAGGCAGGAGAACAAGCCCAUUACUCCAGUGGAGGCGUGCUCUCUGCAGUACUACUUCCUGGUGCUGUGGAGGAUUCUGGGGGUGCUGCCCCCGUCCAAAGGCUACAUCGAGCAGCUGAAGACGGGCAACAGCGAUCCCAGCGAGAGUGACAUACUGCACACGCUCCGCUGGUCAUCACGGCUGCGCGUCAGCACUUACGUCAACUGGAUCAAGGAGCACCUGUUGAAGCAGGGGAUGAAGCUGGACCACGCCACCUCCCUGAUCGAGUUGGCCUCCACCAGGUGCAGUGCUGUCAAGUAUGACGUGGACCUGGCAGAGGAGUAUAUUGCUAGACAGAUCUCGUCGUUCUGCAGCGUGGACCCCAGCACUAUCCUGCCCCUGCACCAGGUGCCGUCACUGCAGACCAUCUACACGCUGGACGCAGUCAUCUCCAAGGUGCAGGUGUCCCUAGACGAGCACUUCUCCAAGGUGGCGGCCGACAGCGACCCGCACAAGAGCUCCGACAUCACCAAGAACCUGCUGCCCGCCACACUGCAGCUUAUAGACCUCUAUACCGCCUUCACACGGUCGUACCUGCUGAUGAGCCUGCCAGAGGAGGGGGAGAACAAGCCCACGGAGGCCAAGCUGAAGGGCUACGCAGCCGUCCUCUCCAUAGGAUCCACACGCUGCAAGGCCAACUCACUCGGCCAGGCAGUGAUGCAGAACCUCCCAUCCGCUGUGCAGACACUCUGUGAGACAUGGAACAACAUUCACACCAACGAGUUCCCCAACAUUGGCUCAUGGCGUAAUGCCUUUGCUAACGACACCAUCCCGUCGGAGAGCUACAUCAGUGCCAUCCAGGCGGCGCACCUGGGCACCUUGAGCAACCAGUCCCUGCCCCUGGCCUCCUCCCUCAAGCACAUCCUGCUCUCCCUGGUCCGCCUCACUGGAGACCUGCUCGUCACUGAGGAGCUGAAUGCUUCGCAGGUGAUCCAGACGCUGCUGCCGCUGCUGCUGGAGAGCAGUACGGAGAGCGUGGGCGAGAUCUGCAGCACCUCCCUGGAGCGCAUCCUGGGCCCAGCCGAGUCCGACGCCUUCCUCGCACGCGUCUACGAGCGCCUCGUCACCGGCUGCUACAACAUCAUCGCGCACCACUCCGACCCUAACAGUGGUCUGGAUGAGUCUGUGCUGGAGGAGUGUCUGCAGUACCUGGAGAAGCAGCUGGAGAGCAGCCAGGUCCGCAAAGCCAUGGAGGAGUUCUUCUCAUUCAGUGGGGAGCUUGUCCAGAUCAUGAUGGCAACAGCCAAUGAGAAUCUGUCUGCAAAGUUCUGCAACCGAGUGUUGAAAUUCUUCACCAAACUCUUCCAGCUCACGGAGAAGAGCCCCAACCCCAGCCUGCUGUACCUGUGUGGUUCCCUGGCUCAGCUGGCGUGCGUGGAGCCCCCUCGCCUGCAGGCCUGGCUGACGCGCAUGACGGCCACGCUGCCCAAGGACUCGGAGCAUCUGGACGUCGUGCAGGAGAACCGCCAGCUGCUGCAGCUGCUCACCACAUACAUCGUCAGGGACUCCAGCCAGGUGGGAGAGGGCGUCUGCACGGUGCUCCUCAGCACCCUCAUCCCCAUGGCGACGGAGAUGCUGGCCAAUGGCGACGGAGCUGGCUUCCCCGAGCUCAUGGUCAUCAUGGCAACACUGGCCAGCGCUGGGCAGGGGGCGGGGCAUCUGCAGUUGCACCGGGCGGCCAUCGAAUGGCUGAACAGAUGUAAGAAAUACUUGUUCCAGAAGAACGUUGUUGAGAAAGUGACUGCCAACGUGUCCCAAGGCAAACACGCGAGCAUGCUGGAGUGUGCGUGCCACAUCAUCUCCUACCUGGCGGACGUGAUGAACGCGCUGAGGCAGACCGGCGGCCAGGGCUCGUCCCAGAUGCUGGUGGACGGGGAGGAGAAGGCCAUCGAGGUGGACUCUGACUGGGUGGAGGAGCUGGCUGUGGAGGAGGAGGACUCUCAGGCAGAGGACUCGGAUGAGGACUCCCUUUGCAACAAGCUGUGCACAUUCACCAUCACCCAGAAGGAGUUCAUGAAUCAGCACUGGUAUCACUGUCAUACGUGCAAGAUGGUGGAUGGGGUAGGUGUGUGCACAGUGUGUGCCAAGGUCUGUCACAAAGACCACGAGAUCUCCUAUGCCAAGUACGGCUCUUUCUUCUGUGACUGCGGUGCCAAGGAGGAUGGCAGCUGCCAGGUGAGACCGAAUACCAUCUCCUCAGGGCAUCAUGGCAAGAGAACAGCUGCGGCCCUGGUGAAGCGCAGUCCCAGCAGUGGCAUGGGCUCCACCAUGAAAGAGUCGUCUGCCUUCCAGAGCGAGAUGCGCAUGCCCGAGAGCGCCAUCCGCCACCAGAGCUCCUCGCCCGCUGACAAGGCCAAGGUCACCAUCUGCGACGGCAAGCCCGGCGACGACGACAAGCCCAAGAAGAGCAGCGUCUGCAAGAACAUCGAGGGCUGCCGCGAGGACCUGCUCGCACAAGUGUCGAGCUCCAGUACGGCUGCUCUGAUCCUGGAGAUGUUGAUCUUCCUGAUGGAUGCCAUCCAGACCAACUUUCAGCAGGCGUCAGCCGUGGGCUCCAGCAGUCGCGCCCAGCAGGCCCUGCACGAGCUCCACACGCAAGACAAGAGUGUCGAGAUGACCGACCAGCUCAUGGUUCCCACGCUGGGCUCCCAGGAGGGGGCGUUUGAGAACGUGCGCAUGAACUACAGUGGCGACCAGGGCCAGACCAUCCGCCAGCUGAUCAGCGCUCACGUGCUGCGCCGCGUGGCCAUGUGUGUGCUCUCCUCACCCCACGGACGCAGGCAGCACCUCGCCGUCAGCCACGAGAAGGGGAAGAUCACGGUGCUGCAGCUGUCUGCGCUGCUGAAGCAGGCGGACUCCAGCAAGAGGAAGCUGACCCUUACACGUCUGGCCUCGGCCCCCGUGCCCUUCACAGUGCUCAGCCUCACAGGAAACCCCUGCAACGAGGACUACCUGGCAGUCUGCGGACUCAAGGACUGCCAUGUGUUGACGUUCAGCAGCACGGGCUCGGUAUCGGACCACCUGGUGCUGCAUCCUCAGCUGGCCACUGGCAACUUCAUCAUCAAGGCCAUCUGGCUGCCCGGAUCCCAGACCGAACUCGCCAUCAUCACCGCUGACUUUGUUAAAAUCUAUGACUUGUCGGUGGACGCGCUGAGCCCCAUGUACUACUUCCUGCUGCCCAGCUCCAAGAUCCGCGACGCCACCUUCCUCUUCAAUGAGGAGGGCAAGAACAUCAUCGUCAUCAUGUCGUCGGCCGGCUACAUGUACACGCAGGUGAUGGACGAGUCCAGCAGCGCACAGCACGGGCCCUUCUACGUCACCAACGUGCUGGAGAUCAACCACGACGACCUCAAGGACAGUAACGGUCAGGUGGCGGGCGGUGGCGUGUCGGUGUACUACUCCCACGUGCUGCAGAUGCUCUUCUUCAGCUAUAACCAGGGCAAGUCCUUCGCCGCCACUGUCAACCGCAGCAACAUGGACAUGCAGAGACUCUUCACCAUCAACGUCAAGGGCUCCAACGGCGGCAGUAAGACGUCCCCUGCUCUGUGCCAGUGGUCGGAGGUGCUGAACCACCCCGGCCUGGUGUGCUGCGUGCAACAGACCACUGGCAUCCCGCUGGUCAUCAUGGUCAAGCCGGACACGUUCCUCAUCCAGGAGAUCAAGACACUGCCCGCCAAGGCCAAGAUCCAGGACAUGGUGGCUAUCCGCCACACGGCGAGUAACGAGCAGCAGCGCACCACCAUGAUCCUGCUGUGUGAGGACGGCAGCCUGCGUAUCUACAUGGCCAACGUGGAGAACACCUCCUAUUGGCUGCAGCCCUCCCUGCAGCCCAGCAGCGUCAUCAGCGUCAUGAAGCCUGUGCGCAAGCGCAAGGCCGCCGCCGCCACCACGAGGGCGUCGAGCCAGGUGACGUUCCCAGUGGACUUCUUUGAGCACAACCAGCAGCUGACGGAGGUGGAGUUUGGAGGCAACGACCUGCUGCAGGUCUACAACGGACAGCAGAUCAAGCACCGCCUCAACUCCACAGGGAUGUACGUGGCCAACACCAAGCCUGGCGGCUUCACAGUGGAGGUUGUGAACAACAACAGCUCCAUGGUGAUGACGGGCAUGCGGGUGCAGUCUGGCACGCAGGCCAUCGAGCGGGCACCGUCCUACGUGGAGGUGUUUGGCCGCAGCAUGCAGCUCAACCUGACACGUGCGCGCUGGUUUGACUUCCCCUUCACGCGCGAGGAGGCACUACAGGCAGACAAGAAGCUCUCCAUAUUCAUCGGAGCUUCGGUAGACCCCGCAGGCGUGACCAUGCUGGACUCUGUGAAGAUCUACGGCAAGACCAAGGAGCAGUUUGGCUGGCCGGACGAGCCGCCCGAGGACUUCCCCUCGGCCUCCGUAAACAAUGUCUGCAGCCCCAACCUCAACCCCGGCAAUGGCGGCAGCGACAGUGACAUCGCCACCCCCGCUUCCACCAGUGGCACCGUCCUGGAGAGUUGUGAAACUGAGUCCUUAUCAACCUUGGACCGACUGGUGGUCAGCUCUCUAGAGGCACUGGAGAGCUGUUUUGCUGUGGGCUCCUCCACUGAGAAGGAGAAGAAUAAGACUGCAGCUCUGGAGUUGGCCACACUGCUGCUCUCCAUGCCCACCCCAGCAGGGGUACAGCAGCAGACCAAAGGCCUGCUGGCCAGCCUGCACACCAGCCGCGUCGCCUACCACAACCACAAGGAUCAGUCUCUGCUGAGUAAUGCAGUGCAGUGUCUGAGUAGCUGCAGUAAGGACAUGAGAGAUCUGGACCCUGACGUGUUCCAGAGGCUGGUGAUCACAGCCCGCUCCAUCGCCAUCAUGCGGCCCAGCAACCUGGUGCACUUCACCGAAACCAAACUCCCCCACCCUGAAUCAGACAUGACUGAAGACGGCCAGAAGCAGGCUGAUGGUGAAGGCUGCAACUUCAUCAUGCAGCUGGUCAAUAACUUCUGGAAGCUGCACGCCCUCAAGCCAAAGAAUGCCUUCCUGGCUCCCGCCUGCCUGCCAGGCCUGACCCACAUUGAGGCCACAGUGAAUGCCCUUGUGGAUAUCAUCCAUGGCUACUGCACUUGUGAACUGGACUACAUUAACGUCGCCUCCAAAAUCUACAUGCAGAUGCUGCUCUGUCCGGACACAUCUGUGAGUUUCGCCUGCAAGCAGGCUCUGAUCCGUGUGUUGAGGCCCAGAAACAAGAGGCGUCACGUCACCCUGCCCUCCCCACCACGGUCCAACACACCCAUGGGAGACAAAGACGACGAUGAUGAUGACGACGCCGAUGACAAAAUGCAGCCGUCGGGCAUGGCCACGGGCCACGAGAGCGGACGCCAGGAGAGCCAGGAACAAAACGAGGUGGAUCACGGCGAUUUCGAGAUGGUGUCGGAGUCCAUGGUGCUGGAGACGGCGGAGAACGUGAACAACGGGAACCCGUCCCCUCUGGAGGCCCUGCUGGCGGGGGCCGAGGGCUUCCCCCCCAUGCUGGACAUCCCCCCGGACGCCGACGACGAGACCAUGGUGGAGCUGGCCAUCGCCCUCAGCCUGCAGCAGGACCAGCAAGGGAGCAGCAGCAGUGCGCUAGGUCUCCAGAGUCUGGGUCUGUCAGGCCAGGCCCCCAGCUCCUCCUCUCUGGACGCAGGAACCCUGUCCGACACCACCGCCUCAGCUCUGGUUCUGCUUUCAGCGCCGGCCUCGGACGACGAGGGCAGCACGGCGGCCACCGACGGCUCCACGCUGCGCACCUCUCCGGCCGAGCACGGGGGCAGCGUGGGCUCCGAGAGCGGCGGCAGCGCCAUCGACUCGGUGGCCGGAGAGCAUAAUGUGUCCGGUCGCAGCAGUGCGUAUGGGGACACGACGGUGGAGGGCCACCCAGCGGGCCCCGGGAGCGUGAGCUCCAGCACCGGGGCCAUCAGCACCACCACGGCCCAGCAGGAGGGAGAGGGCUCGGAGGGGGAGGGCGAGACUGAGGGGGACAUCCACACCAGCAACAGGCUGCACAUGGUGCGUCUGAUGCUGCUGGAGCGUCUUCUUCAGCACCUGUCCCAGCUGCACAGCGUGGGGGGCGUGAGGGCCAUCCCCUACAUGCAGGUCAUCCUCAUGCUCACCGCCGACCUGGACGGGGACGACGAGAAGGACAAGGGGGCACUGGACGACCUGCUGGCUCAGCUCAUCGCAGAGCUCGGCAUGCACAAGAAGGAUGUGUCCAAGAAGAACGAGCGCAGCCCGAUAAACGAGGUGCACCUGGUCAUCAUGAGGCUCCUCAGCGUCUUCAUGUCCCGCACCAAGUCCGGCUCCAAGUCCUCAUCAGAGUCCUCGUCUCUCAUCUCCAACGCCACAGCCACGGCCCUGCUGAGCCUGGGUGCUAUCGACUACUGUCUGCACGUGCUCAAGUCGCUGCUGGAGUUCUGGAAGACGCAGCAAGGGGAGGAGGAGCCGGCGGCCGCCAGUCAGCUGCUCAAGCCCCAUGCUUCCUCCUCGCCGCCCGACAUGAGCCCCUUCUUCCUCAGACAAUAUGUCAAGGGCCAUGCCUCUGAUGUGUUUGAGGCCUACUCUCAGCUGCUGACGGAGAUGGUGCUCAGGCUGCCCUACCAGAUCAAGAAGAUCGCAGACACCAACCCACGCAUCCCACCCCCCAUCUUCGAUCACUCCUGGUUCUACUUCCUCUCCGAGUACCUGAUGAUCCAGCAGACUCCGUUCGUGCGGCGGCAGGUGCGCAAGCUGCUGCUGUUCAUCUGCGGCUCCAAGGAGAAGUACCGCCAGCUGCGCGACCUGCACACGCUGGACUCGCACGUCCGGGCCAUCAAGAAGCUGCUGGAGGAGCAGGGCAUCUUCCUGAGGGCCGGGGUGGUCACCGCCUCCUCGGGGUCCGCCCUGCAGUACGACACCCUCAUCAGCCUGAUGGAACAUCUCAAGGCCUGUGCAGAGAUUGCCACCCAGCGCACCAUCAACUGGCAGAAGUUCUGCAUGAAGGAUGAAUCGGUGCUGUGCUUCCUGCUGCAGGUGAGUUUCCUGGUGGACGAGGGCGUGUCCCCGGUGCUGCUGCAGCUGCUGUCCUGUGCCCUGUGUGGCAGCAAGGUGCUGGCCACCUCCUCCAGCGGCUCCUCGGGGGGCUCCGGGGGAGGCUCCCAGUCCUCCCAGAGCAAGUCCUCCAGCAAGAAGAGCAAGAAGGAGGAGAAGGAGAAGGAGAAAGAGGGAGAUGGUGUCGGUAGUCUGGAGGACCAGCUGUGCACAGCUCUGGUCAGUCAGCUCAACAAGUUUGCAGACAAGGAGACCCUCAUCCAGUUCCUGCGCUGCUUCCUGCUGGAGUCCAACGCCUCAUCUGUACGCUGGCAAGCACACUGCCUGGCCCUGCACAUCUACAGGAACUCCAGUAAGUCUCAGCAGGAGCUGCUGCUGGACCUGAUGUGGGCCAUUUGGCCAGAGCUGCCGGCAUACGGACGCAAGGCGGCCCAGUUCGUGGACCUGCUCGGAUACUUCUCCCUCAAGACACCUCAGACGGAGAAGAAGCUGAAGGAGUACUCUCAGAAGGCCGUAGAAAUCCUCCGAACGCAAAACCACAUUCUCACCAACCACCCCAACUCCAACAUCUACAAUACCCUCUCCGGUCUGGUUGAGUUUGAUGGGUUCUACCUGGAAAGUGACCCCUGCUUGGUCUGCAACAACCCCGAAGUGCCAUUUUCUAAUAUCAAGCUGUCAUCGAUCAAGGUGGACACGCGCUACACCACCACACAGCAGGUGGUGAAGCUGAUCGGCAGCCACACCAUCAGCAAGGUGACGGUGAAGAUCGGGGACCUGAAGAGGACCAAGAUGGUGCGCACCAUCAACCUCUACUACAACAACCGCACCGUGCAGGCCAUCGUGGAGCUCAAGAACAAGCCGGCGCGCUGGCACAAGGCCAAGAAGGUGCAGCUGACCCCUGGUCAAACGGAGGUGAAAAUCGACCUGCCGCUGCCCAUCGUGGCGUCCAACCUCAUGAUCGAGUUCUCCGACUUCUACGAGAACUACCAGGCGUCCACCGAGACCCUCCAGUGCCCGCGCUGCAGCGCCUCCGUGCCCGCCAACCCGGGCGUCUGUGGCAACUGUGGGGAGAACGUCUACCAGUGCCACAAGUGCAGGUCUAUAAACUAUGAUGAGAAGGACCCCUUCCUGUGUAACGCUUGCGGCUUCUGCAAGUACGCUCGCUUCGACUUCAUGCUGUACGCCAAGCCCUGCUGCGCUGUGGACCCCAUAGAGAAUGAAGAGGAUAGGAAGAAGGCGGUGACCAACAUCAACACGCUCCUGGACAAGGCGGACCGUGUGUACCACCAGCUGAUGGGCCACCGUCCCCAGCUGGAGAGCCUGCUGUCCAAGGUGAAUGAGGCCGCCCCCGAGAAGCCACAGUACCACUGCGAUCCCCCUAGGGGUCCCGACCCCCAGUUUAGGAACCACUGCUUUACUGAUGACACGGGCACUGGGGCAGCGUUGGGCACCGCCACUGCUAGCGUGAACCGCUACAUCCAGCAGCUGGCCCAGGAGUACAGUGGGGACUGCAAAACCUCCUUUGAUGAGCUCUCCAAAAUCAUCCAGAAAGUGCUGGCGUCUCGUAAGGAGCUGCUGGAGUACGACCUGCAGCAGCGCGAGGCGGCCACACGCUCGUCCCGCUCCAGCUCGGGCGCGCAGCACCAGCCCACCUUCACAGCCAGCCAGUACCGCGCGCUCUCCGUGCUGGGCUGCGGACACACCUCCUCCAACAAGUGCUACGGCUGCGCCUCGGCCGUCACGGGCCACUGCAUCACGCUGCUGCGCGCGCUGGCCACCAACCCGGCCAUACGCCAGAUCCUGGUGCUGCAAGGGCUCAUCCGCGAGCUGUUUGAGUACAACCUGCGCCGCGGCACCUCCGGCAUGAGGGAGGAGGUUCGCCAGCUCAUGUGCCUGCUCACCAGGGAUCACCCAGAGGCCACCCAGCAGAUGAACGACCUCAUCAUCCACAAAGUGUCAGCAGCACUGAAGGGACACUGGGCCAACCCAGACCUGGUGAGCAGUCUGCAGUACGAGAUGCAGCUCCUCACUGACUCCAUAGCCAAGGAAGGAGGAUGCUGGGAACUGCGGUUGCGCUGUGCCCUCAGUCUGUUUCUGAUGGCCGUGAACAUCAAGACGCCGGUGGUGGUGGAGAAUAUCACGCUCAUGUGCCUCAGAAUCCUCCAGAAACUCAUUAAACCCCCCGCCCCCACCAGCAAGAAGAACAAGGAUGCUGCAGUCGAAUCCCUCACCACUGUAAAGCCAUACAGCAAUGAGAUCCAUGCACAGGCCCAGCUGUGGCUCAAAAAGGACCCCAAAGCCUCCUACGAGGCCUGGAAAAAGUGCCUUCCUGCCAGAUGUCAGGAGACGGUGUCGAAGCCGGCGAACAAGACAGAGGUGCGGAGGCAGUACCUGAUGGAGAAGUACGUGUGGAAGUGGAAGCAGUUCGUCAGGUCGCGCUCAGAGAGCCUCUUCCCUCGCCUGCUCAAGCUGGGACACAACAACUGGCUGCGGCAGGUGCUGUUCACCCCUGCCACCCAGGCAGCACGGCAGGCAGCCUGCACCAUCGUGGAGGCCCUCACCACCAUCCCCAGCCGCAAGCAGCAAGUCCUGGACCUCCUCACAAGCUACCUGGAUGAGCUGAGCAUAGCGGGCGAGUGUGCAGCGGAGUACCUGGCCCUGUACCAGAAGCUCAUCAAGCAGGCCCACUGGAAGGUCUACCUGGCCGCCCGGGGAGUGCUGCCCUACAUCGGAAACCUCAUCACCAAGGAAAUUGCCCACCUGCUGGCCUUGGAGGAGGCCACCCUGAGCACGGACCUGCAGCAGGGUUAUGCACUAAAGAGCCUGACUGGGCUGCUGUCGUCGUUCGUGGAGGUGGAGUCCAUCAAGCGCCACUUCAAGAGCCGGCUGGUGGGCACGGUGCUGAACGGGUACCUGUGCCUCAGGAAGCUGGUGGUGCAACGGACCAAGCUGAUCGACGAGACGCAGGACAUGCUGCUGGAGAUGCUGGAGGACAUGACCACAGGGACAGAGUCCGAGACGAAGGCUUUCAUGGCGGUGUGCAUCGAGACCGCCAAACGCUACAAUCUGGAUGACUACCGGACGCCGGUGUUCAUCUUUGAAAGACUAUGCAGCAUCAUCUACCCGGAGGAGAAUGAGGUGACAGAGUUCUUUGUGACGCUGGAGAAGGAUCCCCAGCAGGAGGACUUCCUGCAGGGCCGCAUGCCGGGUAACCCCUACAGCAGCAACGAGCCGGGCAUCGGGCCCCUCAUGAGGGACAUCAAGAACAAGAUCUGCCAGGACUGCGACCUCGUGGCCCUGCUGGAGGACGACAGCGGCAUGGAGCUCCUUGUGAACAACAAGAUCAUCAGUCUGGAUCUGUCUGUCGCAGAGGUGUACAAGAAGGUGUGGUGUCCAACCAAUGAGGGAGAGCCGAUGAGGAUCAUUUACAGGAUGAGAGGGCUGCUGGGAGACGCAACGGAGGAGUUCAUCGAGUCCCUUGACUCAACCACAGAUGAAGAGGAGGAUGAGGAGGAGGUGUACAAGAUGGCGGGCGUGAUGGCCCAGUGCGGAGGUCUGCAGUGCAUGCUCAAUCGCCUGUCUGGAAUUAAGGACUUCAAACAGGGCAGACACCUGCUCACGGUGCUGCUGAAGUUGUUUAGUUACUGUGUGAAAGUGAAGAUCAACAGACAGCAGCUGGUCAGGCCCGAGAUGAAUACACUAAACGUCAUGCUGGGCACCCUAAACCUGGCGCUGGUGGCAGAGCAGGAGAGUAAGGACAGCGGUGGAGCCUCGAUAGCAGAGCAGGUCCUCAGCAUCAUGGAGAUUAUCCUGGACGAGGCCAACGCAGAGACCGUCUCCGAAGACAAGGGUAACCUUCUCCUGACGGGCGAUAAGGACCAGCUGGUGAUGCUGCUGGACCAGAUCAACACUCCGUUUGUGCGCUCCAACCCCAGCGUGCUGCAGGGUCUUCUCCGCAUCAUCCCCUACCUGUCCUUCGGAGAGCACGAGAAAAUGCACAUACUGGUUGAACGCUUUAAGCCCUGCUGCAGCUUUGACAAGUACGAUGAGGAGCACAGUGCGGAUGACAAGGUCUUCCUGGACUGCUUCUGUAAGAUUGCAGCCGGCAUCAAGAACAACAGCAACGGCCACCAGCUCAAAGACCUCAUCCUGCAGAAGGGGAUCACGCAGAGUGCCCUAGACUACAUGAAGAAACAUAUCCCCAGCGCCAAAAAUUUGGAUGCAGACGUGUGGAAGAAGUUCCUGUCCAGACCUGCCUUGCCCUUCAUCCUCAGACUGCUCCGUGGUCUAGCCACACAACACCCGCCCACACAGAUGCUGAUCGGGACGGACUCCAUCAGCAACCUGCACAAGCUGGAGCAGGUGUCGAGCGACGAGGGCAUCGGCACGCUGGCCGAAAACCUCCUGGAGGCGCUGCGGGAGCACGCCGACGUCAACCUAAAGAUCGACGCGGCGCGGCGGGAGACGCGGGCCGAGAAGAAGCGCAUGGCCAUGGCCAUGAGGCAGAAGGCCCUCGGCACUCUGGGGAUGACGACCAAUGAGAAGGGCCAGGUGGUGACGAAGACGUCGCUGCUGAAGCAGAUGGAGGAGCUGAUCGAGGAGCCUGGCCUCACCUGCUGCAUCUGCAGGGAGGGCUACAAGUUCCAGCCCACGAAGGUGUUGGGGAUUUAUACGUUCACGAAGCGUGUGGCCUUGGAGGAGUUUGAAAACAAGCCCCGCAAGCAGCAGGGCUACAGCACUGUCUCGCACUUUAACAUAGUCCACUACGACUGUCACCUCGCUGCUGUCAGGCUGGCACGUGGGCGCGAGGAGUGGGAGAGCGCCGCCCUACAGAAUGCCAACACCAAGUGCAAUGGCCUCCUCCCCGUGUGGGGGCCUCACGUUCCCGAAUCAGCCUUCGCCACCUGCCUGGCAAGGCACAACACAUAUCUGCAGGAGUGCACGGGGCAGCGGGAGCCCACGUACCAGCUGAACAUCCACGACACCAAGCUGCUGUUCCUGCGCUUCGCCAUGGAGCAGUCCUUCAGCGUGGACACGGGCGGCGGAGGCAGGGAGAGCAACAUCCACCUCAUCCCCUACAUCAUACACACCGUGCUCUACGUACUCAACACCACGCGGGCGACGUCGCGCGAGGAGAAGAACCUGCAGAGCUUCCUGGAGCAGCCGUGUGAGAAGUGGGUGGAGAGCUCGUACGAGGUGGACGGCCCGCACUACUUCACCGUGCUGGCCAUGCACAUCCUGCCGCCCGAGCGUUGGCGGACCUCGCGCCUCGACUUCCUCCGGCGCCUGCUGCUCACCUCGCACGCACGCAAGGUCUCACCCGGCGGGGCCAACAAGCUCACGGACAAAGCUGUGAAGGAAUAUGCAGUUUACCGCUCGCCGCUUCUUUUCUGGGGUCUGGUGGAUCUCAUCUAUGACAUGUUCAGGAAAGUGCCCACCAGUAACACGGAGGGAGGCUGGUCCUUCUCGUUGGCGGAGUAUGUGCGGCACAACGACAUGCCCAUCUACGAGGCGUCGGAGCGGGUACUCAGGGCCUUCCAGGACGAGUUAAUGCCUGCUGAAUCUUUCCCAGAGUUCCUGGAUGUAGUAGGUCUUCUGUCUGACAUCCCGGACCCCGAUGGCUUCUUGCAGGACGUGCUGAACUCUGUGCCAUGAGGGUGCUGAGUGAGGCUGGCGAUCGAGCCUGUGGGGCCAGCGGGAGAGAGAGGGGGAGAUAGAGAGAGAUCCUCCACACUGGACUGGCGGCCACUUCGCUCCACUCCACUCUGCUCCGCUCCACUCCACUCCGCUCCCCCCUCCUCAUACAAACAAGCAAAACAAAGGCGGGGCGGCUCUCUUGCCUCCAGCGAGAUCCUAAAAAUGUGGGGUGGUGGCAGGCUGGCCACCUUAUGGACCUACUACCCCCAUCGGCCUCCAAGAUACCCCCCUUGAAGCCCCCCGCCCCGCCCCACCCCGGCCCUCCCAUCUCAAGCCCACCGCCCCACAGUACCUUACCCCCAAACCCAAACGGGAUACCCCAUCAUGUCCGACCUCACGUCACCCAACCCAACCAACCAACCAACUCAACCCAAACCAACCCAAACCAAACCAGGGACACUGUUAAUCCAGAGCCCUGGCUUUCUCUCCGCCCUUGAAACAAGAAGAAAAAAGCGCAUCUAUACCUACUCUCUCACACACACACACACACACACACACACACACACACACACACACACACACACACACUUACACACACACACACACAACCACACACAACCACACAUGUACACAUUUAUGGACAUCCAAGCAAACAAACAAAACAGACAAACUCAAAAAGAAAGACCUCCGUGCCCUAACCCCGACCAUGGGUUGUUGUUCUACAGCAUCUUUCACAGCUAUAGCUCUCCAACCAGGAACCUUCUGUGUGUAGUCUGACGAAUAAAUUAAACAAACAACAACAACAAAAAGAAACAAAACGAGAUGCAGUUGUUAUUAUUACAUUUUGUUUUUCCUUUCUGUAACAUUUAAUACUCAAGUCACCAGUGCUGUUUGAUUAAAAAAAACGUGUUGAAGGUGACAUCUGACAAUAACUUCUUCAGAAUUUUUGUUUUUAUUUUUUUCUGGGUGGGGUGUGGUUUUGAUUACAAAUGUUUCAAAAGUGACUUUUCUUUCCCCCCUCGCCCAACUUCCUUAUAAUUAUUAUCCUUAUAUUAUUAUUUUGUUUGUUUUGAUUUUUUUUUUUAAGUUCAUUUCCUACAGGGCGCAUCACAGGAUUGUGAAUUCAGUUGUUCUGUGUCAUGCACUAUGUUUUCUGGGCUUUUGCGGUGGUGUUCUACAGCUGAUUGUAUUGUGUGGGAAAGGCUAUGACUAUGACGACAAUGGCCUGAUGCUGGUUGUGUGUGUGUAUGUAUGUUAAAGUAUGCGUAUGUGUGUGUGUGUGAUUUGUUUUUGUUUUCUUUUCAUUUUUUCAAUUUGUUUUCAAGUUGAUGCGCAUGUGAAAGGUUUUUUUUUCUUUCAUUAAAAAAAAAAUGCUGCGAGUUUAAAAAAAAAAAAAGAAAUCCAUAGCUAACCUGGGACUGUGGUCCACCUCUGUUAACUGAAGUGAAUCCUGACAUGUAACAGGAGAUAACUUGCAACAAUUAAACUUCACUUCUCAAGAUGUAAACAUCAA